AUGAAAUAUAAAAGAUAUGUGACGUUCCACGGCAAAAGCGCGAACGGCGUGAUCGUGUCGCCCGACGACAUCGUGAAGGCCCUGGAACAGACGUACGCCCGUCCGGAACUUCUGGUCGCCCGCGAGGUUGCCGAGCUCCGCAACAGUCCAAAGCUAAGUUCUCCUCAAGAUUUAAAUGGUUUAGCAAAUAAAUUGCGAUCCUGCCCAUCGACUACACGCCCACAUCCCCGAGGCCUGCUGAAAGUGGUCCCGGUCAUAGUCGAGGGUCCUGACGGCGCGUUCGAGACAACAGCAAUGCUAGACGACGGCAGCGUCUCAUCUCUCAUUGACGCCGAAGUGGCAAAACGCAUCGGCGCGAAGCCAACCCGCUCGGAGCGUCUUCGCAUUGAAUGUGUUUGUAAUAUGACAGCGGAACUUAACGUAAGUUAUGUUGAUUUUUACGUACGUGGUCGCGACCGACCCGAUCGUUACCUGAUUGAACACGCGCGAGCCGUGGAACCCUUAGGGCUUCGCGCACGAUAUCCAGACACGAUUAAUAUCAUGGAUUACGAUCAUCUGUCAGGUCUAGCAAACGAACUUUCACAUGACAUUGCUUAUCCCACCGUCCUAAUCGGCGCGCCUGACUGGUAUAUAUCCAUAAGUCGCGAAGUGCGGUGCGGAAAAAAGAACGACCCUGUUGCCUCCAAAACCCUAUUAGGUUGGGUACUCCAUGGCGCACACUCUUUGUCGUCGAAGCCAUUUGAAUUUGUCAAUCACGUCACGGAAGAUCUGGAUACACUUAUAAAAUGCCAAUACGACAUCGACGCCUUGGGUAUCACAAAAAAGGUCCCACGUCAAAACAGCGAGGAUCAACGGGCCGUAGACAUCAUAGAAUCAUCCACUCACCAACUUGACGAUAGCCAUUUUGAAGUCGGCCUGCCUUGGAAGGAGGAGCUACCGAAAAUUAUACCAGAUAGCUACCCACAGGCACUCUCACGCUUCAAGGCCCUCGAGCGACAGAUGUCAAAGGACCCAGCGUUCGCCGCAUCCUUUCAACAAUUCAUAGAUGACAUAAUCAGCAAGAACUAUGCCGAAGAGUGUGAUUCGAAGACUUACCACCAUCGACCCGCACCAAAUGCCUCUUGCGUCAACGCAGAUGGCUCCAUUCGCUGGUACCUGCCUAUCUUUGGCGUCUAUCAUCCUCAGAAAAAGAAGCUGAGAGCAGUCCAUGACGCGGCUGCCACAACAAAAGGCGUAAGCCUCAACAGUCUGCUUCUGCAAGGUCCUGACUUAUUGUCGCCUCUACUUGACAUCCUGUUCCGUUUCAGAGAAGGUGCGGUGGCCUUGAAUGGCGACAUCAAGGAGAUGUUUCCCCAGAUCAAGAUUGCCGCAAGGGACAGGGAUACUCAACGUUUUCUCUGGCGUGACAAGAACGGCGACCUCAAGGAAUACCGCAUGUCGUCAAUGAUUUUUGGCGCAGUUUCGAGUCCUUUCAUCGCCCUCUAUAUAAAAAACAAAAACGCGAAGAUGCACGAAGUCGACUAUGCCGCUGCCUGCAAAGCAAUCAUUGACGACCACUAUAUGGACGACUACCUUGGGAGCCACACAAACGUUGCUGACGCAGCUCAACUUGCCGCCGACGUUGUCACAGUGCACAAGAAUUGUGGUUUCGAGAUGCGAGCGUGGACGUCUAACCAUCCAGAGGCACUCUCUCUUGUCCCGAAGGAACUUCGUAGCGACGCAACUUCUGACGUUUACCUGCCUCCCAGUAGUGACGUCGGCGUCUUGGGUGUUAAAUGGAACCCACGUCAAGACUUCUUAGGGUUUCGUGUCGUACCCCAGAUACCGACCGGCACUAUGACAAAACGCAUUCUUUUAUCGAACGUCAUGAAAGUUUAUGACCCUCUUGGUUUUUUGAUGCCGGUCGUCAUCUGGGGUCGUAUUUUGAUUCAAAGAUUAUGGCGGGCAGGCGUUGGCUGGGACACAGACUUACCUGAAAUGUACGUAAGCGAAUCUAAAGACUGGUUUGCACAGCUGCAGAUUGCAGCCAAUAUAAAAAUCCCUCGCUGGUACAUGGUCAGGUCAAACGUGUCCGAUGUCCAGCUGCACGUAAUCGCCGACGGUGGCGAACAAGCCUACGCCUGCGUCGCCUAUUGGCGUUUCACUUACAGUGAUGACUCUGUAUCGACAGCCCUCAUCGGUAGUAAGGCCCGAGUCUGUCCCCUGAAACCGGUUUCCAUCCCAAGAUUAGAAUUACAAGCCGCGCUUAUCGCGUCGCGUUUUGCGCAAACAAUUCUGCAAGCUCACCGUUUUGAGCCCUCCGCAACUAUUUUCUGGACUGACUCAACCACAGUCCUAAAGUGGAUCCGGAGUGACGCUCGUGCGUUUAAACCUUUCGUGGCACACAGGUUGGGAGAGAUACUGGAAACCACCAAUCCAUCUGAUUGGAGGUGGAUCCCUACCUCUCUCAACGUCGCUGACGAUGCGACAAAACCAAAACGAACCGACUUUACCGCAACUCAUCGGUGGUUCACCGGUCCACAGUUCCUUGUUGAACAGUCUUGCACUUGGCCGACCGAGCGCGUCACCGACGAGGGAGAGACCUCAUCAGACCCCGAGUUAAAAUCGAAUCUGAUGGUUCUGCUCCUCGACACCCCACUCUCGAAUUCGUUACCCGAUCCAACGCGUUUCAGCUCCUGGCUACGUUUACUACGUGCCACCGCCCGUUUUCUCCAGGGCGCACGUCUAUUCCGGCUUAAGCUGUCUCGGCCAAUAGAUCCAAAUUCCAAACUCUACAUUCAUAACACCACGUCUCCCCACCAGCUUCACGCGUCAGACAUGAUAGAAGCGGAGAAGAUGUUGGUCUGUCAAGCACAAACAGAAAGUUUCCCUGAGGAAUUAUCGAACUUACGAUCUUCGAAGCCAGUGCCCAAGAAUAGUCGGAUUAAGAAAUUGGCGCCUACACUGGAUGGAGAAGGCCUCAUGCGACAAGACACGCGCAUAAGUUCCGCACCGGAAGUGAACGACGAGAUGAAAUCACCCAUGAUUCUCGACGGCCGCCACUAUAUCUCACGACUCUUGAUCCUCCACGAACAUGUCAAAGCCGCGCACCAAUUUAAUGAGCUCGUUUUGAAUGAACUUCGGCAAAGAUAUUCGAUCUUAAGAGCCAGAGGAACCAUCCGUAGCGUAGCAAGCGCCUGCUUGAAGUGUAAAAGAUGGAACACGAAACCUAUCCAACCUCAGACCGGUAACUUACCACCAGAACGUCUUGAUCACCACAAAAGACCAUUCACCCACGUAGGCCUCGAUUACUUUGGCCCGAUCCUAGUAACGCUAUAUCGACGGAGCGAGAAACGAUACAUCGCCUUAUAUACGUGUCUCACAACCAGAGCGCUUCACCUCGAAAUCGUAAACUCACUCACUGCAAAUAGUGCUAUAAUGAGCCUCAGACGCUUCAUUGCUCGCCGAGGAUCGCCCACCACCAUAUUUUCCGAUAACGGGACUAACUUUGUUGGCUCUUCCCGCGAACUGCGCUCCCUACAUGACAACUCGGUCGUAGAGUAUGCCACUAACCACAAAAUCGACUGGCGCUUCAUACCACCGGCAUCCCCGUUCAUGGGCGGUGCCUGGGAGCGGCUUGUGCGGACAGUGAAAGCAGCCCUCAGAUCUUGCCUAACAAAUCAACCACUGAAGGAAGAAGUCUUGUCAACACUCCUACUCGAGGCUGAAUCGAUAGUGAAUUCCAGGCCACUCACAUACGUCCCGUCUUCCCCAGAUGCACCAGAGGCGCUAACACCAUUCCAUUUUAUCCUCGGCUCCUCAUCAGUCGUUCCAUGGACCACGUCGCUGACAGACGCAGACCUAUCCCGACGAUGUCGAUGUAUCUACGACGACGGCCACUAG